AUGGGCGAAACAAUUGUUGUCAUAGGAGCUGGCGUUACGGGCCUGACAACUGCCCUGCUACUAUCCAGAGAUAAAUCUAACAAGGUAACAGUCGUGGCAAAACACAUGCCCGGGGAUUAUGACAUUGAAUAUGCCUCGCCGUUUGCUGGUGCCAACAUCCUGCCUAUGGCAACCAAAAAGGACAAGAGUUGGGAGACACGCACAUGGUAUGAAAUGAAACGUCUAUGUGAAACUGUGCCCGAAGCCGGAAUUCAUUUCCAAAAGUGCACACUACUGCGACGAGAGAAGGAUAACAAAAACCAAGUAUUUCCCGAAGGCCUCUUUGAUCCUAACCCCUGGUUCCGCGAGCUCUACGACGACUACCGCGACCUGCCCAAGAAUGAAAUCCCCGCCGGAUUCGACUCUGCCUCAGACUGGACGAAUGUGUGCAUCAACACCGCCAUCUAUCUGCCCUGGCUCGUCGGACAACUUCUGAAGAAUGGUGCUGUUCUGAAACGAGCCAACCUGUCCCAUAUCGAAGACGCUAAGAGUCUAAGUCACACCGGGAAGCCAGCUUCUCUCAUCAUUAACGCUACCGGCCUCGGAUCACGCAAGCUUGGCGGCGUAGAGGAUACCAAGAUGGCGCCUGCGCGUGGGCAGGUUGUCAUUGUCCGUAACGAAGCGCCUAUGACGGGCCUCUCUGGAACCGACGAUGACCCCAACGAUGCAUGUUACGUCAUGACUCGGGCCGCUGGAGGAGGAACAAUCCUCGGCGGGACAUAUCACAUUGGCAAUUGGGAAUCUCAACCGGAUCCCAAUGUGGCCCAGCGCAUCAUGUCACGCGUAGUCAAGCAGCUCCCUGAGAUUGCUGGUGGCAAAGGCGUUGCAGGUCUGGACGUUAUUCGUCAUGCCGUUGGCCUGCGGCCGUACCGCUAUGGGGGUGUGAGGAUUGAGAAGGAGAAGCUGGAUGAUCAAACGUGGAUCAUCCAUAAUUACGGUCACGCAGGCUGGGGUUAUCAGGGCUCAUGGGGCUGUGCGGAAGACGUCGUCGACCUGGCGAAGAGUAUUCCGAGGCCUACCAAGGCAAAGCUUUAG